GUACAUUGGGAUCGCUGGGGACUACUACGACGGUUGCACGGCAGACGAUUUUGAAUUCGCAAUUUUGUUUCAGUUUUCGGUUUCUCGCCUCUCGGUUUGGGGCUUCGGUGCUUCGGCUCUCCCAAGUAAAAUUCAUGUUAAUGAAUGUUAAUUUAUACAUUUGUAAGAAUCUAAAAUCUGUUUUUCCAUACACAACAAUUAUUGACUGCUGCUGCCGCGGCCACUGCUGUUGGCGCUGCUCCCCAAAUUUGAAUUUGGAAACAGUCGCGCCUGAAACGCCGCCGUGAACGCGCACACUGCUCCCUGCUCCCUGCUCUCUGCUCUCUAGAACAGUAGUUCCUUUCCUUUCCCCAACACCCCAAAUAAAAAAACAAAAAACAAAGAGCAAGCAGGGCAAUGGAUCCCGAGUUUGUGAACAAAUACAACCAGGUGCUGAGUCGCCUGAAGCUCAUCGAGAACUUCGAUGGCAGCGAUCCUGGGAAACUGCCGCCGUUCCUGCAGCGGAUCGAGGCCCUGAUGCCGGCCAUCAACAGCUUCGACGACUACUACAAGGCACAGCUGAUAGGACACAUCAAGAACAAGUGCACGGAUCGGGCACGGGAGGCGGUCUUCACCCGACAGAUGAGUGCCCCGGCGGCCAAUGGGAAUGGUAAUGGUCAUGCCAAUGGGCAUCUGCUGAAGGCCGAGUCCUGGCUGAAGCUGAAGGAUCAGCUGCUGUACAACUACGCGGAGCGGGAGUCCAGCUACUCGCUGAUCCACAAGAUCCGCAGCGCGGUGCUGGACUCGAACAUAGAGCUGUACUACCAGAAAAUGGCCAAGCUGAAGCAUCGACUGAUCAACCGGAAGCUCACCCACAACGACACCCUGUACGCGCUCGAGGACAUCGAACGGAUCACGCUGCAGGUGUUCCGCGACCACCUGCCCGAGCCCACCCACUCGAUGAUCCUGCGGCGCAACCCCAAGAGCAUGGAGGAGGCCUACCGCUACAUCGUGGAGGUGCAGCAGCAGUUCUACACCCAGAGCGGCUCCCUCGGGAGCGACCAGCAGGCGGCCACCUUCAGCACCAGCCACAAGCAGCACCACCACACAUACGGCGUCGGCAUGGGCGGCGUGGGCGUCAGCACCGUGGGACUGGGCGUGGGCAUGGGUGCAGUGGGUCUGGGCAUGGCCUCGGGCGGCUACGGCCGCCAGAUGUCGGACAAGGGCAACAACAGCCAGAAUGCCAGCUCCAAGAGCUACUACAACCAGGCGGCGCCAGCCGUGGGAGCGGGUAAGACGAGUCCCAUGUUCAAGAGCCUCGGAAAUCCCACAUUCAAAUCCAGCUUCAGCUACAACGGCAGCAGCAGCGGCAGCAUGUCCGGCGGCAUGGGCUACUCCAAUGCGAAGAAGGACGUGAAGGCCAACUAUCAGCAGCAGAAGAAUCAGAACCAGAACCAAAAGAGCUCCAUGAAGACCGCCAGCAUGGGUGGCGGCAGCAGCUGGCGGAAGUAGCAGCCUUACAAUCCAGAUCCCGUAUCUGGUUUACAGCUCAUGGGGGCCAAGGUGGGGCGAUGAUCGUGAUGCUGAUGAUGAUGGGCUAAUGAGCUAAGCCAAGCGCAUGAUCUAAUCUCUUGGGCAAGUGACUAAGCCAAGGCUGGGAGAUUGGAUGGAUGUCGAGUGCAUGCCUCAUGCUAAUUACCCCCCACCACCAACCCCAACCCCAAAGCACUGUGUCUAAUAGUUAGUUCAAUCGAUGAUGAUACGGAUGAUGUGGAUGAGGAUGUGAAUGUGAAUGUGGAUGCAAAUGACGACGAAUCGAUGCGAUGACCGUGCCGACAUGUUAAUUAUUAUCUCAUAAGACUCAAAGUGUACAUAGCCCCCACCCUACCCCACCCCACUCCACUCCCUCUCCCAUUUACCAUAACAAAACCCACCUACAACCCUUCAAAUAUUGUUUCUGUUUACCAAUAAAGUGUAAA